CGCUGGCUGUCGCUGCCCUUGGUUCACGUUCCCUAUUUUCCUUUACGUGUCCAGCGAGCGCCGGUGGACUCGUUGACGUGCCUCGCCACCACCACCAUGAUCACGGUCGAUGAUGAUCAGGUGAGGAGCUGUGGCGGCGACAGCGGCGGUAUUCCAGUUCCUACUAGCGACGACGCCGCCGCCGGGCGGCAGAUGCUGACGACGAUGGGCGAGCACCACCAGCAGCAGCUGACGGUGUCCAGGAUCCGGACGGCCGUGUCCAUGCUCACCCGCCGCACGGGCCACGCGCGUUUCCGCCGCGGCCCCGUCGCGGAGCGUCACCACGCAUCGUCGUCGGACCAUCAUCAGCUGCGCCCGCCGGCGGCCGGUGGCGGCGUGGCGCUGGACCUGGACUUACUCGUCGCCAAGACGUGCGACGACGCGGCGGCGGGGUUUAGCGCGUCGGCCUCGUGGACCAGCUCCUCGCUGCCGUCGACGACGAGCCUCACGGCCGGCGAAGGGAGCGUGUCCAAAGGCCGCGCCCAGCAGCAGGGUUGUGGUGCCCUGUUCUUCGUCCAGCCAGUGAGCGGCGGCGGCGGCGACGGCCACUCUGCCGGCAAGCCGCUGCGGCUCGCGCCGUCAUCGAUGCAGCAGCAGCAUGCCUGCCCCGGUUACUCAUCCCCAGGCAACGCGCUGGAAGACGGCAAGUGCCACGACCGCGCGCGCUCGGAGAACGACGCCGCUGCCGCCGCCGGCAAGACGCACGGGGACCGCUGCCACUGCUCCAACAAACGGUAUGUACAACAUAUACUACUACUCAUCAAACGCCCGCUGCCACUAAUGACGGACUCCAUAAUUGGCAUGCAGGAAAUCGCGCGUGAAGCGGGUGGUCCGCGUGCCGGCGAUCAGCUCCCGGAACGCGGACAUCCCGCCGGACGACCACUCGUGGCGCAAGUACGGCCAGAAGCCCAUCAAGGGCUCGCCGUACCCGCGCGGCUACUACAAGUGCAGCACGGUGCGCGGGUGCCCGGCGCGGAAGCACGUGGAGCGAGACCCCGGCGAGCCGUCGAUGCUCAUCGUCACCUACGAGGGCGACCACCGCCACGAGGACCGGCCGGCCGGCGGCGGCGCGCAGACGGACCAAGACCGCACGACGACGUCCAGUUGAAUUGAAUCUCAGAGCUAGCUAGCUAGCAGUCUCCGCCGCGGGCUCCCUUUUGUCUCGCUGGUUGCCCAGUAGAAAUUUCCUGGAGUUGUCUCUGUAGUACGGAGUAGUUCAUUUUUUUCAUCAGUCGGUUCGUCGGAGUCGUACUAGUUAGUAGUGUCACGUCGCCGUCGCUUGUGGAGGAAAUUCAGGAUAUCUAUCACACGCUGCUGUUUGGGAUUUUUUUGACCAUGAAAUGAAUGAAUGAACGAUGCGUGUAACUUC